CAGGUCCAGGUCCAGGUCCAGGUCCAGGAUGGUGUCCCCGCUGCAGCUCUCCGUCUACUGGCGCCUCUCUCUUGUCUUCUUCUUCACCUCCUUCCUCUUCUUCCUCGACAUUUUCACCGCCGCGGUCGUGGCGGACUCCUGUCGCCAUGGCAACGGCUCCACCAGCGACCCGCCACUGCAUGGAACGUUGGCGUCGAACGCCGAGGGCAACCAAUCAGAGCCCGGCACUGAGAGCAGGAAGUGGGAUUCAGUGUGUGGUUGGACAGACUGGUUGUCGUACGGUCAGACGCUCUACAUGGUCGGCCUGCUGCUGGGAUCUCUGGUCGGCGGAGCGCUAUCUGACCGGUACGGGAAGCGUCCGGUGUUGCUGGUGUCGGUGUUCACGCAGACCGUUUGCGGCCUCGUGCCCGCCGUCCUUCCUCAGCCUUUCCUCUUCCUCGCCGUUCGCUGCCUGACCGGCGUCUGCUGCUGCUGCAUCAACAUCUGCUCCUUCAGUUUGGCGGUGGAGUGGACGCGCCCCGCCGCUCGGCUCUGGCCGCCGGCCUUCCUGCCGUUCUGCUUCAGUCUGGGGACGAUGGGCGGAGCUCCGCUGGCCUGGCUCAGCCCCACCUGGAAUCAGCUGCACCUGUCGCUGGCUCUGCCUCAGCUCAUCUGUCUGCCGCUCUACCUGUCGAUUCCAGAGUCUCCUCGCUGGUUGUUGUUGGGGAGGAGGACGGAUGUUCUGGAGCGGUACCGGAGCAACAGCCCUGCAGAUAAACAGUGUCUGGACCUGCUGCUGGAGUCGACGUGGUCCGACCUGCAGAAAGCCACCGAGGCUGAGAAGGCGGAGCCAUCUGGAGGCCACGCCCCCAGUGACAUCAUCCACCUGAAACAUCCCACCAUCCUGCUGCGGCUGUUUAUCAUGAGCUACCUGAGCGCAGCGUGUGCGUUGACGUACUUCGGCAUCUGCAUGAACAUCGGCUCGUUCGGCGUCGGCGUCUACUCCGCCCAGUUCUUCUCCGGCCUAUCGGAAGCUCCCUGCCUCCUCGUGCCAUUGGUUCGCCUGGGACGCCGGCCAAUCAGCAUGAUCGCUCAGUUCCUGAGCGGAGCGGCCUGCUUCCUGUCGUUACUGCUGUCCAGAUACAACGGCGAUCCGGUGCUGGUGAUGAGUCUGGCUCUGCUGGGGAAACUCUGCAUCUUGGCGGCGCUCUUCAUCUCCAUCCUGUACAGCAUUGAGCUGUUCCCCACUGUGGUCAGACAGCGGUGCGUGUCCCUGGUCAACUUGUGUUUCCGGCUCGGCUGCUUGGUCAACUCCCUCGUCCCCUCCAACCCAGAUGGGGCGAUCUCAUUGGCCGCCAUGGUCGUGUACAGCAGCGGACCAAUCAUAGGCUGCGGUCUGUGCCUGCUGCUGCCGGAGACCAGCGGCGUCCCGCUCCCCGAUUCGGUGGAGGACUGCGAGAGGCAGCCUCGGCCACGCCCACCCAGCAUAGACGCCUUCUGGAGGACAUGGAAGCCGGCGAGACGGCAAACCAGGAAAACAGAGAUCGUCCCUGCUGAGAAGGACGACACACACACUCCCAACACACACACUGGACUCAUUUAAACACACACUAGAGGAGGAGACGGCGGGUGGCGGCGGCGGCGGCGGCGGCAGGCAGCGGUGAUGAUGUUAUGUGACGGCUGCUGGAGGAUUUCUAUCUCUGCUGUUUUAUUCUUUUUGUUCUGUUUUCAUCUGUGAAAAUAAAAUGAAGUGAAUCGUA